AUGACCCUGUGGAAUAUGCGUCUGCGAGGGCCUCGCGGUAAGCAGGUUGUGCUGAAGCUUGACCCGGAAAUAAACUAUACAAUGUUCUCGGAAUUGGCUGCCAAAGAAUUGGGACUGAAAGCAAAAGACCGUCUGAUCUUUCGUAGAGGGUUUCCGCCUCGAGCAGUGGAGGUGGAGGCCUCAACGCUUGUGAAGAAUGUCUUUGAGGCCAACGACACGGUUGUGGUAGAUAUGAGCUCUGGUACUACGGCUUCAGUGCCUGCUACUGCGAUAGCAGCAAAGACAAAGCGGGCGGAUGUAAAGAAGACUACAGCAAAAGUACCGAGACAUGGAGUGCACAAGCUAAAUUCACUUACCAGUUCAUCGAAAAAGGCACUGCCGAAACGAAAAAUUAUUGGUAGCGGACACCAGCUUGGCAGUUCGCUGGAUAAAAGUUCUGACCUGUCUGGUGCAGUAGAGGAUGAAGACGCAGGUGAUAAUGAAGACGAACCGCAACGUAAAUACCGGCGUAGUCGUGCCGUUCACCUCACUUCGAAAGAGGGUGUGGAAAUUAGUCUGGUAAAUGCUGUUAGUGGCCAAUCGAAUGAUCGUGCAGCAAAGUUUUUUCGUGCUGCAACAAAGAAUGCAGUGGAGCAUCAAUAUGAGCUGACGCUGGCCACCUCCAGGCUGAAUGCAGCAUUGUCACGAAAUUUUGAGAUUGAGGAGCUCUCGAAUAGCAGACGUGCUGAUGGUAGCGCUGCUAAAUUGCGAGUGCGCUUCAAAGAGACAUCGCGCAAGUGGAAGGAGGAGACUGUUGAUCUACUAAAGACGAAUGAACUGCAGGCCAUUUUGAAAUAUGUGUUGCUGUCAGGGGGCGAGACUGGGCGUGAGAUGUUAAAGCCAUUUAACAUGGCGCAAGUGUCAACCAGAGUAUUUUGGAGUAUUGCGCGUAUGUAUGAUGGAGAUGUAGCUGCCGGUUUGGCUGACCUUCUUCCUGAUGAAGAUUGGUCAUUCUUAGACACUCGUACACGAGUUAUGUCUGAGAAGGCUAUAGAAGCAAAGACAAAUCAAGAGCAGUAUGUCUUGUGGAAGCAGAGCCAUACUCGGUUGUCUUCUCUAAAGCCAGAGAUGAGGCAGGAUACAAGCAAAGUCUCUGCAGCUAAGGAGAAAAAGUCCGAGAUGAGUCAAGUGAACUCUGAUGCUGGGCAAGAACUGAAGCAAGAGGCUACGGUGUCUAAGUGUGCUCAGACUUCAGCUCUUUUAGCAGAGGAAGCGACUUCUAGCACCUUGAGUGGUGCAGUAGCACAAGCAGCGCACGCUCGGUUCGACCGAAAUUUGCAGGCAAGCGUCGUUAUAUCUGAACUUUUCCAGGAGAAGAAACUAGCUACUCAAUUUACUAAGAAGCAAACAGCACCCUUGGAUAAUGAGAAGAUGGAGUCCGAGGAUGAUGUGGAGGAAGCUAUCACAGUUUAUUGCGAUUCUUGCAAAAAGGCACGUAUUCUCUCUCCUGAAGAAGCAGCUAAUUCUAAGCUCAAUAAGGAUCCGUGGACCUGUGCUAGCUUAAUGAAGACCGGACGCGGCGGCGGGUGCGAAGAUAUUGACGAUGAACUGGCUCAAAUCACGGGCGUUUCCAUUGCUGAAUGGCUGCAAAAGGCGGCUAUUACCACUCGGCGAGAAUUAGCAGACGCUACUGUGGUUUCCACGAUGCAUGCCCUUGUGAAUCCUUCGGACCCGUCAGCUCAGGUUUUGCGGGAAAAAUUUGAAAAGCUGAUUGAUGAGGCGCGUCUUGAUGAGGUGAACGAUUGGAUGUUGGAACUUGUUGGCGAGGCUGAUAUGGUGCAACGACUAGAGGUUCAGAAGCUGGGCACACCUGCCGAUCUCAUUGUCACACCAAGCGACUUAAUCCUUGAAGCUGUGGGCAAUACAUGUAGCACGACCAAUGUGUCAAUUGAUGAGGUCAGCUCCUGGCAAACCCGGGCACAACGUUUGGUGGACAAACACCCUUGGUUGGCAGACUGGCGAACUCUGUAG